AUGGGGGCUUGGUCUUCGCUGCUAGCCUUGCUAGCCCUGUCAAUAUGGACAGUACAGGCCAUGGAGGUUAAGAUGGACCAGGUCGACGAGAACAGACAGAGAUGCGCUGGCAUGUACUCACAACAAGCCUGGGGCGGCCCAGUCGACCCCUUUAUCCUCCUCAAAUUCAUGCCCUACGAAGGGGACCAAGAUCCGGUCGUCAGCCUCGUCAUCUUCGAAUGGAAAGACGAGGACCUCAUUGGCGUAUACCCGACCGCGGAGUCAACACAGAAAGCUGGCAUCUGCGAGAAGCAAUAUGUCGAGGCCGGCUUUUGCGACGAGCAAGAUAUCGGAGAGUUCAUACUAUCACCGAAUGCGACCGAGCAAUCUACGAACCUGAUUCUCACCGAAGCAAUCCACCUGAAGAGCUCCCAGCCUAUCAAGUAUGAUAUAACAAAGACCGGCUACUACUGUGUCUUGACCGACAAGUUCACUGCCAGCGAAUACGAGGCCGUCGUCGAAUUUAGGAAUGCUUACGGCGAGCUUCCCGCGACACAAAUCCCAAAGCUGCCCUUCUAUGGAGGAAUAACCCUCCUCUAUUUCUUCGUGGUAGCCUAUUGGGGUUUCCUAUACUAUCAGCAUCACGCCGACAUCUUGCCGGUUCAGAACUAUAUAACAGCCAUUCUGAUCUUCUUGGUAGUCGAGAUGCUGAUGACUUGGGGAUUCUAUGAUUACAUGAACCGCCACGGCUCGAACGUGGGAUCAAAAGUCUUACUGGUCAUAGUUGGAGUCUUAAAUGCGGCCAGGAACUCAUUCUCGUUCUUCCUGCUACUCAUUGUGUGCAUGGGCUAUGGAGUUGUCAAACCGACGCUCGGCCGAACCAUGAUCUGGGUGCGAUGGUUGGCGAUAGCGCAUUUCAUUUUUGGUCUGGUGUAUGCUAUUACCAGUCUUGUCAUCACGCCGGACAGCGCAGGACCUUUCGUCCUCCUAAUCGUUCUUCCACUGGCAGCUACACUCACAGCCUUCUACGUGUGGACGCUCAAUUCGCUCAACUUCACACUGAAGGAUCUUCGGGAGCGAAAGCAGCACGCCAAGGAGAGCAUGUACAAGAAGCUGUGGUGGGCCAUCCUCAUUAGCAUUCUCGUUAUCUUCGCCUUCUUCUUUUUCAACAGCUUCUCGUUCGCCUCAGCCAGCGACCCAGACUAUGUACCCUUUCACUGGAAGUCACGCUGGUUUAUUCUCGACGGCUGGCUUAACUUGGUCUAUUUCGCCGACGUAGCCUGGAUCGCGUACAUCUGGCGGCCGACUGCUAACAACAGACGCUUCGCCAUGUCAGAUGAGCUUGCUCAGGAUGACGAUGGUACCUUCGAGAUCAACAACAUGGACAUUGGUGCGCCAGAUGAUUCGGAUGAUGAGGAGGCGAAUGUGGGCGCGAAGCCCUCGAUCAACACCACACGGGACGGUCAGACCUCUGGUGUGGAGGGUUACCAGGCGCCUUCCGGGGCGAAUGGUAGUAGCCAAAGAUCUAGACCCUCGUUGGACGGCGAGACUAUCUUUGCCAUAGGCGACGACGACAAAUUUUCGGAUGAUGAGGAGGGGUCCGACGAGGAUGCCGGAUUGGUGAAGGGCCAAGGGAAGUGA